CUAGCUGCACUAGUUCAGAGUUUAUCUUUUUUCUUCCAAUGUAGAAAAAGAAAGAUAAACUGUGAUCUAGUGCAGCCAGUUCAGCUAAAAAGAGCAAAUUUAUUUCGAUGGAUCGUCCUCUGUUACGCAGGUUAUACAAAAAUAAUAAAUAUAUUGUUUUUUCCAGUUUAUGUAGCUAUAAAAAAUGGUGAAAAGUUGCUGUGUUAAGGAAUGCACAACAUCGUGGUAUCCAAAGAGUGAAUUAUCGUUUUUUAGUUUUCCGUUGAAUAAUAGAGAUCUGUUAAAUGAAUGGUUGGAAGUUGUGCCAACGAAAAAUCGAAUUUCAAAGAAUUCUCGAAUAUGCAGCAAUCAUUUCGAGGAAUCACAAUAUGAAUAUAUUUCUGGUAAACGUCACUUGAAAAAGGAUGCAAUUCCUAGUAUAUUUUCCCAGGAUAUAACCAACUUUAAAACAAUAAUUAAUGAAGUGGAAAAAUUAUAUCCGACAUCUCAUGUUGUGUUGGAAAAAAAUGAAAUUAACGAUAACUCUAAUAAUGAUCACUGUUACACGAAGCAGCAACAAUUUUUAGCAUAUGUGUCAUUACCAUCAUCAAUAUCAGAUGCAACGAAUGAAGCAACUUCUCAAACUCGGAGUGUUUAUACGCAAACUUCACCAAGAGCGACCGAAAAAGAAAAAGAAUUGCGGCAACAAAUUAAGAUCCUUCAAUCCAGACUAUGUCGCAAGGAACGAAAGAUAUUGGGUAUUUACCAAUUGCUAAAACAUAUGAAAAAAAAUUGCAAAUGCAAAAGCUCAAAUAGAUAAUUUGUAUAAAAAUGUUGGCAAUACAUAUUUAAUAGCAUUUAUACUCAUAACUUUAUGAACAAACUUAAAUGUCAAUACUUUGUCAAACUAACGAUGUUUCUGCACUGACGAGUUUAAUAAAUGGAUAUUUUCAUAAUUUA